AGAGAAAAGCCAGUAGCUCGUGCAGGAUGAACGCAGCCUGUCACGCGCACUGCUCCUGCAAAAAUCUCUAGAGCUUUUGAAAAUUCUGCAUUUCUAUUGCAAAACCACAACUAGUAGAACUACACCUAGUGGUCUACUAGGAUUCGCUGCUGCAGCAUCAGCUCUGCGCGCUGUCAAAGGACGGCGUUGUAGUGACUGGCCUAAUUCUGAGCUUAAAUCGCACUUACAAUGAAUUCAAUUUCAUUUAAUUCUGGUCCUUUAUGUGAGCCACGACCGGUUGAUUGAUUUUCGUGCAAGGGUUUUUGUGAUUUAAUUUUUAGCAAAAAAAGUUAUUGCGCCCUGCUUGCGGCCAGUGCUGUUGCUUAUGAAUUACCAAACUCCAGUUGAAGUGAGUUACUUACUUAUGUCGAGCCGGAAGAUUCAUUUUCAUUUUUUGGCUCGACAACCGCCUACCGUACUAGUUUUGCCUGUGCAACCUGCUAGUACGAUAAAUAUGAUAUUUUUUGGGUACAACUUCACUUGACACGACGUGUGAGUACAUGACGAACAAGAGCUACAAAAUAUUCUCCAUCGGAACCUAAAACAAAAACCUGCCACGUAAAAGCUUCGAGACUUUCACACGCACAUAACUCGGAUGUAGAUUUUGUGUUCCAUCGGCAGUCUGGUGCGAAGUUAGCAGCUGUCCUCGAGUAGUUGUUGUGAAUAAUACAUAGGGGUAAUAUAAUUUGAUAGCUCUACCAUGAUCAAGAUUGCAGCGCAAGAGGUUGUACUUUUUGGAUCGCGUUUCACGAUUCUUUCUUUCGGAUGAUCAGGACAACUGGACCCCUUCCCCAAGCUGCGGCAGCGCUCGCGAACCGUGCAUGCGCUAGGUGAACUAAUACUAAGCACUAGUGUAAUUUACACCUGGAUCAUUCGAUUCAUUCGUUUCCGUUCUUUCGGUAUUUUUAUCGCGUGUGAUCAACAAUCAAAGUCCUCAUGUGUAUCAAAAAUCUACAUACCCCGUAGCAUGAGCUAGAAGUGGCGGCGCUUUUUUGAUUUUCUUUCGAUAUAGAUGUUGCUUUGUCUUUGCGAUAAAAAAGUCACGACGAUCUACAGCCGCAUGGUGAUCUUAGGCAUUGGUUUGGUGCUAUUGUUCAUCUUCUGUUGGACCGGAAGUUUUGCGAGCGCUAAAAAACGGUCUGCAGAUGUUGACGUCGAUCUCGGUGAACAAUAAGCAUCGCACCUUACAGAUUCUUGCGACAAAUAAACUUGAACUAUCCGAAUUAGUUUUUGAUUGAUCAAAACCCGGCGAAAAACAAAAAGGUCCGGUUUUGGAAUAUUCUUUCUCAACCGAUCCACGACCCGCCAGUUAAUAAUAAUAGUAUUGAAACCUCCGACCAAACCGUAGUACGAACUACCAACGAAUUUUGUUCUCGAUAACUGACUAAGUUUGAUUACGCUGUAAGAUUAUUAUCGUUGGCAUUGGCUGCUUCCAAGGUAUCUAUAUACAGAAUCCAGCACUGUGCCUUUCCCUUUUCCACUCCUACAACUCCAGCAGCAGCCACUCCCCUUCUUGGCAGCGCUUCAAGAAGAUGCAGAUCAAACAGGUGGAGAACUUCAUCAACGGCGAGUACGUCGCCGUUGCCGACCCGGUGGAUACCGUCGAGGUGACGGACCCCGCAACUGCGCAGGUGAUUGCCGUCGUGCCGGUGACUUCCAAGGCUGGGGUGGACGAGGCCGUGGCGAUCGCGAAGAAAGCGCAGGUAAAAUGGGGCAGUUUGACAGUGAAGACGCGAGUGCAGGCGCUGUUCAAGCUCAAGCACUUAUCACACACAAAAAAGCUGGCAGGGCAUAUUUGUAAUGCGAAAAUGAAUACGCAAAAAAAUCUGCAUUGCAUAUCCGAAGCAGCAUGCUAGGGGGCCACCCAUGACAAAUUUUUGCGUGUAUUUAUUUUUGCAUUACAAAUAUGCCCUGCCAGCUUUUUUCUCUGGGAUAGUACUUGAUGGAGGAAAAUGCCAACGACAUUGUGGAACUGGUUAAACAGGAACACGGGAAGAACAAAGCAGAAGCGAUGGCCAGUUUGAUGAAGGGUAGCACUUAUGAAGAUGAUACGAAGAACAAAUAAAAGUAUAAGUACAGGGGUCAUUUUUAGGAUCAGGAGCUCCACCUCCUGUGCAGCAUGAGUCGAUGAGAAGUUGACGGAAGGCCGGUUCUUCUGAAGCAGGUCGAAAACCAAAAUACAUUUUGACAUUAGCGAUCAGGGCCUUCUAGCGAUACUAGGCCUACAGGCGAUAAAAAAGCCGUUCUGUACAUUGUACAGAACGGCUUUUUUAUCGCCUGUAGGCCUAGUAUCGCUAGAAGGCCCUGAUCGCUAAUGUCAAAAUGUAUUUUGGAACAAGAGGUCUGAAUACUAAAUCGCACUUAAGUACAUGCAAAAAUUGUGGUAAAUUCUUUUCCCUAGGUAUCGAGACCCUGGAGUGGGCCACCUCCUUACCGCAGCUGAUUUGCGGUCGGUAUCUGGAGGUAUCGCGGGGCAUCACCUGCCGCGAUCAGCGCGACCCGUUGGGGGUGGUGUGCAGCAUCGUGCCCUUCAAUUUCCCGGUCAUGGUGCCGUUCUGGACGGUGCCGAUCGCUAUCGGCUGCGGAAACGCGGUCAUACUGAAGCCCAGUGAGAAGGUGAGAAGGUGUUCUGGGCUGUGAUUUUUGCUCUUUGCUGGCUCUUUGAAUUGUUGACUGUAGUUCCUCUUGUGGUAAUACCUAUGUUAUCAAUUUAGUACUAUGGUCUUUCGAAAAAAGAGAGAGGAUUUUAAGCAGUACUAGGAUGUAUAGUGCUGUGCCUUGCAACAUGAAGAGAUAAAAUGUUUGCUUCAGGUUCCCCUCACAAUGACGUACAUUGCCGGUCUAAUGAAGAAGGCCGGCAUUCCCGAUGGUAUUUUCCAGACGGUAAACGGCACCAAGCCGACCGUGGACGCGUUAAUGGAAAACCCCGACGUGAAAGCUGUCACGUUUGUCGGCACAUCCCACGUUGCCAAACUCAUUCAGGAGCGGGCCACCUGCCUCGGGAAGCGGGCCCUGUGUCUGGGCGGAGCGAAGAACCACCUGUGUGUGCUACCGGACGCGGACUAUGAUAUGUGUACUUAAAUUUUUUGGAUUGACGUUGAGUUGCCUUUGUCUGUUCUCCCCCUGACAUACUAACUCCUUGUACGGGCAGCUGCACCUGCUGAGAAAAAGAAGAAGGCCUGAAGUUGCUGGUCGUUGAUGUCCCUUUUUUCAUGGUGUGCUUGGCAGAUGAUCGCGAGGAUUUAUCUCACAUCAGUGAACAACAGGCACCUCGGACAUUAUGAAUUCCUUCGCCGGCUCGACGGGACAGAGGUGUAUGGCAGCGUCAGUGCUGAUCAUGGUCGGGGAUGUGCAACCAAAAUUUUUGGAACUGCUCGUCCAAAAAGCCUCGGUAUAAAGUAGAUCUGGUUGUCAUGAUUUUUUCCGUGAUGUUUUUGUGACACCCUCAACAUGGGUUUGGAUCUCUUGUUUUGCGUUCAAAAAUGUUUUCAUGUGUUGUAUAACAGGGUGUAAGGAGUUUGACUUUGAGUUACUAGUUGUUGCAGACAGACUUCAUCAAAAAUACGAACAGAAUUAUUACGAAAAAAAAUAAAUGUACAGGCAUUGAAAGCCGGACAGGAAACAGGGGAAAUCGGUCCCGUGAUCGAUCAGUUGAGCAAGGACAAGAUUCUGCGAUACAUUAACGAAGCAGAGUCUCGGGACGGAGCCAAGGUGCUCGUAGACGGCCGCAGCUGGCAGGAGAAACAAGGGUAAUUAUCUGCAGAUUGAAAAGUAGUCUUGAUUUAUUUGGCCACGCUUUAAUCGUGCUUUUGCUUUUGGGCUGCACCAGCAUCGGCUGCGUCCGCACCAGUAUCUUUAGGAUAGCCAUUUGUCUUGGCGGGGGUCUACAACUACUCGACUUUCCCCCCCCCCCCGCGUUUUUUAGUUUAAUCACGUGCCAAAAAAAAAUCAGGUUUUGGGUCGGCCCGACCGUCUUAUUGCACAGUUCCGCGGAGGAUGCCGCCGUGAAGGAGGAAAUCUUCGGCCCGGUAUUGUCUAUCGUGCAAGUUGCGACCUUCGACGAGGCCAUUGCCAUCGAAAACGCCAACCCCUACGGCAACGCCGCCUGCAUCUACACCUCCAUCGGCCAGCACUCGGAUUACUUUUUGAAACGGUUUUCCGCCGCGAUGCUGGGUGUAAACAUCGGCGUACCGGUGCCGCGCGAGCCAUUUUCCUUCGGGGGCAUGAACAAGAGCAACUUUGGGAGUUCGGACGUCACCGGUGAGGGCUGCAUGGAAUUCUUCACGCAAAGGAAGAAAAUCACGCAAAAGUGGGUGCCCCCGCAGGACCGGUCCGUGGUGACCAGCAGUUUCAUCUCAUAAUUUUUAAUCGUGAUUUGCGUACAAUGACAGAUUUCUAUCUUUCUUGUCGAGGACUAUGAAAUAACCGAUGCUGGACGAGAUUAAAGAUAAACAAACUCCCAUCUGUCGACGACAUGAAAGAAGAUCUUAAUGUUCUUUAUUUCAGCUUCCCUAACUAUUUUCCCGAAGUACGAUUCGAAUGGUGCUGCCCGUGCCUCAUCUACUGUGCCAAUGAAGAAGCAUUUGAAUGGAUUUUAGGACAACUUUUAAAAUGCCUUCGUCCUGUCCUACCCAGAAGAUUUUCCUACUUGCGUCUGUACGUCAUAGAAAUGCUGUCCUCGUCAAAUGUAUGUUAGCGCUAAGGCAUGAUCCACGAAGCCUAUUCUAGGCAUGGAUCUGCAACGAGACGACCGCUCUCGUGUGGUCUCACAAAAGUGCUGCACUGAAAGCAGCACGUGGCACAAACGAUGAAAAAGAGAAGGACACUUUCACGACAGUUUGUUUUUUCAGCCAUAUGUGACAGAAAAUCAGACUAGCGCUGCAAACUAGAACAAGCAUAGCCGUGUGCUGAAGUUCUUGG